CUCUUAGAUGUCAGAAAUCUAUAUUCCCCAGUACAUUUUGUGUGUGUGUGUGUGUGUGUGUGUGAUAUUCUGCAAUUAAUUCUGUAUGUUCUACAUAGUACGAACCGUGAAACAUCUUAAAGUUCAAGUGCAAGAUGAAAGUUUAACAAACUCCUCGAACUUCCUACUUUAACGAUACCUGAUUCUUACAAAAAAAAACUUCAUGAAACUGUGAACUUCAACACAACCAUAGGUGCCAAUUUAAUGUGCAUUUAAUAUUCUAUUUAUCAUAACAAUGCUCGUAGGUAUAUCCAAACACUUCCGUUCAGAGAUCAUUACAUGUUUAGGAACCAUGAAUGGUAACUUAGAUGGGAUGGAGCUGGAGACGCUUUACCAUCGGUAUUGCAUCAGGCUCAAACAUGCGCUCUUCAUGUCUUGCCUCUACCUAUCCACAAUAACCUGUUCAGGAUUGCUUGUGACCACAUGUGUCCUACAUGUACAGGAAAUGCAGGACAACCUAAACGCCUUGGUCGUCCUGUCAGUCCUCACAUUCGUCCUGUUCACCGUUCUGAUGGCUUCCCAGUUUCCUGUCAUCCUGGAAUCCGAAGUGUGGGCUCUAGUUUCCUCGCUCACAAUUACUGUGGUGGUGGCGACAUCUAUGAUCUGGCUAGCUGAACGACAUGCAGCCCUUCCGCUUUUCGCCCUUGUUUUGGCGAUACACACAAUGUUGCCAAUGUCAAGGUCGGUGUCGAUUGUGCUGGCGACCAUAGUGACGCUGACCCAUCUGGCAACGUCGCUAAAGGAGAAGCUGAGAGGCGACGAAAAUUGUUUGCAGAUAAUUCCAGAACUGAUCUUACUGCUUGCCGGUAGUUCCACUGGUUUAUACUAUCGACAUAUGACAGAGGGUGCUCAUAGACGUACCUUCGUCGGUACCAGAACGUGCAUAGAAUCGAGAGUCAAAUUAGAAUGUGAGAAGGAACAACAAGAACAGCUUCUACUGAGUGUCAUACCUGCUUAUAUAGCGGCUGAGGUUAAGCGCAGCAUCAUGCUGAAGAUGGCGGACGCCUGUAUCCACGAGCAAUCCAACCACAACUUCCACGAGAUGUACGUACAGAGACACAACAACGUCUCAAUAUUGUAUGCAGACAUCGUGAACUUCACUCCACUUUCCGAGCAACUUUCCGCCUCUGACCUAGUUAAAACUUUGAACGAGCUGUUCGGCAGGUUCGAUCAGAUAGCCCAGGAUAACCAAUGCAUGCGUAUCAAGAUCCUGGGAGACUGUUAUUAUUGCGUAUCCGGUUUACCAGUUUCAAGGCCGAAUCACGCUUACAAUUGUGUUAACAUGGGUCUGCAGAUGAUUGAAGCUAUUCGAUUCGUGAGAGAGGCGACUGGAUUCAACGUUGAUAUGCGUAUCGGUAUCCACACCGGAAACGUCCUGUGCGGAGUGCUGGGACUCCGGAAGUGGCAAUUCGACGUGUGGAGCGACGACGUCACGCUUGCCAACCACAUGGAGUCUGGAGGUAUUGCUGGGAGAGUGCACAUCACAAAAUCAACCAUGCAACAACUGGGAGACAAAUUCGAAUAUGAAACAGGAAAUGGAGAAAAGAGAGACGCAUAUCUAGCAGAUCAUAAAAUAGAAACAUAUCUUAUCGUUCCUCCAAAGAAAGAAGAACCAGAGGUAAAAAACGGCAAUAUAAAGUACAGUAACUCGAGUACAGAUCGUCAUAACAGCGCAACUGGUGAAGUUAUCAUGGGGAUGGCAACACCAGGUGGUAUGCCAUCAAGAUCUAGACCAUCCAGUAAAAUGACUAAAUAUGUUGAGUGUUGGGGCGCAGACAAACCUUUCGCCAACAUUGCAGAGUCGACGCUGGCGAAAAACAUAGAACUUACUUUUGACUCCUACAGACAGAGCUUGUCCAUGAUAGAAUCCAAUCUUCUUCCAGGAAGGAGCACGUGUUUAGAAUGCAAAAAAUCUUGGAGUGCCGAUGAGUUGCAUCCAGCGUUGCUGUGGUUCCGUAAUCCAAAGCAUGAACGAGAAUACAGAGGAUUGAGUGAUCCAGAAUUUCGAUAUUACAUUGCAUGUUCGUCUUGUGUGUUCAUCGCUAUGUGUGUAAUGCAAUUAACCACCAUUCCAAGGACUUUAGUCAUGUAUGGCACACUCGGCCCCACGCUGAUAGUCCUGAUUGUGUUCGUCUAUCUGUGCUGGCUGGACGGAUGCUGUGGUCCACGUCCACCGUCGGAUACGCCUCUGGAUGAGCCAGACAGAUGUUCGCCUCCAGGAGAAAUCGUGGCAGAGAGUCGCUGUCUUCGACUCGCCAUCUUCUUGGUCUCCGUGGUGUUGAUCUCUGCAUGCUCUGUUGUCACGCUGCUGGACUACUAUCCCAACAGCCAGAGAAGUAUCCCAUCCAGUGAAUUCAUAAGGAACAACACUAACCAAAGUGACAUAUUCGGAUUGUCCAAUAGUUCAAACACUUAUCUUGAAAUGGACGAUCUUGAUAUAACAAAUGAAGUGAUCGUAGAGUACGUACCUACUUACCUGUACAGUUCAGCGUUAGUUUUAGCGGCAAUAUCAGUAUUUUUGAGGAUGGGUUUUAUCCUGAAACUUUGCCUAAUGGUGGCAUCUUUAGUGACGCAUAUCGUAAUUUAUAGUUAUCUGGAAUUUUUCCAAGUUUAUCAUAACAUCAUUUUCGAUAAAUUUCCAGGCUUACCUUUCGAAUUUAAGAGUGCUUUAGUUCUUACAGUUGUCGUGUUAUUGUUCCACAUAUUAGACAGACAACUUGAAUUUACAGCCAGGACUGACUUUCUGUGGAAAGCCAAACUCAAAGUCGAACAAGAAGAAGUAGAAACUAUGAGAGGCAUUAACAAGAUAUUACUUGAAAACAUCCUACCGGCACACGUUGCCGAGCAUUUUCUAUCUCAAAGGCAUAACCUGGAGCUUUAUCACGAGAGGUAUUCCUGUAUAGCAGUUAUGUUUGCCUCGAUCCCCAACUACAAGGAGUUUUACGAUGAAAGCGACGUCAACAAACAAGGCUUGGAAUGCCUGAGAUUACUCAACGAAAUAAUUUGUGAAUUUGACAAGCUCCUUUUGAAGCCUAAGUUCAGCUGUAUAGAGAAAAUAAAGACAAUCGGAAGCACGUAUAUGUUGGCUUCAGGACUCAACCCAGGCAAGGAGGAAGAAAAGGGUGGAACACGAAAGGAAGAGCAUAUAAUAGUCGCCUUGGUUGAAUUUGCUGUCGCUUUGAUGACUAGUCUAGAUCAAAUAAAUAGAGAUGCAUUUCAGAGGUUCAAACUUCGAGUUGGCUUGAAUCAUGGUCCUGUGAUAGCUGGUGUUGUUGGAGCACAGAAACCACAAUACGACAUAUGGGGUAACACUGUCAAUGUGGCAUCUAGGAUGGACUCCUGUGGUAUCAUGGGAAGAAUACAGGUAACAGAAGAUACAGCCAAAAUUUUGAUGACGGCAGGUUACACCUGUGAGUGCAGAGGUCCUACCUUCGUUAAAGGAAAAGGAACUCUAACAACAUACUUCGUCAAAACACCUUUUGACGACAAAUGAAUUUUUUUUUUGUGAUAAAAUGAUUGUGUUGCAUAACCUUGGUACAUGUUGGUACCACGAAAAAAUCCAAAGAAGACUUCAAUAGUGCCGAAUCUUGCAAUCAAAAAGUGACGAUAAAUAUUGCUAUAUUUAUUUGAUUCCAGUUCAAAAUCAGAAUUGACUGGGAUGAUAUUUCAUGAAUUUCACAAAACUUGGUGAUUUUCAGAAUCGAAUACUCAAAUAAUUUGUGGAUCAUUUAUGGGAUCACUAAAGAAUUGGAAAAAAUCAACUGGUUUUUUUCAAAAUUUUAUAAAUGCCACAGUUGGACUGAUUUUGGACGAGAUGAGUUGAGAAGCUAAGCAAACAAAGUUUUGAAUAUUUGAUUUUGUUUAAAA